UGUGUUUUUUUAAUUUGUAAAAUCUUUUUUUUUUUUUUUCUUCCUAUAUUCUGCUGAUUAAUGAAGCGACGUGAAAUUCGAUAUUUUUUAUAUAAUUUGUUAAUCUUCUACCAACAUUAAUCUUACAAUAAAAUCAAAAAAGAGGAUACAUGAAUAGACCCAGAAAAAGAAAAAAAAGCAAGUCUGCUUCUUGUCUAAAAAAAUUUAUGGCUGCUUAUCAUCUUGAAGCUUUAAGAAGACAACGUGUUAUUGAUCGAAAAAACGCUGCUUUAAUGAGAAUAGAGCUUAAAAAGAAGGAAGAAGAGUCAUUAAAGUCCCAGAAUAUGCAGUAUUUGGAAAAUAACAGUUCUAAUAACAAUCAAACGUCUAGCUGCAAUUGUAAAGAAUGUCAUAAAAUAUGCUCAAACUGCGAAAAGUUUAAAAAAGAUAAACAGACACAGGUCAAUUACACGCAAAAAGAUUUAAGAUAUCAACAUAAAAUCCUUCGCGAUCAUGGUUUAUAUAUGGGUCAUGUAAAUGAAAAUUUUUUUUCAUAAAUUUAUUUAUUAAAAUAUAUAUCACAAAGUAUUUUAA